UAAUUUUGAAGAGCUGCACCGGAAGCGCGGCUCCUCGGUGCGCCCUGCUUGUUGGAGUCGGUGGAGCCCGUAGGAGCGGCCGGGCCCUGCCUCCCUCCUCCUCCUCCUCUCGCCGCGCGGCGUUCACAGGAAGGCUGUUCUCCUCUCGCAGAGGCGGCGUUCCUAACUGCUCACACCGGAUACUCAUCACGGUCAGUACAGCCUCACUCGGCUGAAGGCGGCGACACAAGAAGGACACUUUCCUGGGCCGUGUUUCCCUCCUAAUCCCACCGCUCUGACUCGGGCCGUCUUCGCUUUCUCCGGUUUUGUUUUUUUAUUUUCGAACCUUCUCCCCUGACAGUCUCUCCGUGGCGCUCUCGGGUUUCUUCUGCUGACAUGGUAGAUUAUCACGCCGCCAACAACCAGCCGUCGGGCGGGCCACAGACCUACAUGGAGCAGGAGAAUGAUUGGGACCGCGACCUGCUUCUGGACCCGGCCUGGGAGAAGCAGCAGAGAAAGACCUUCACGGCUUGGUGCAACUCCCACCUGCGGAAGGCCGGCACGCAGAUCGAAAACAUCGAGGAGGACUUCAGAGAUGGCCUCAAACUCAUGCUGCUGCUGGAAGUCAUCUCGGGCGAGCGGUUACCCAAACCCGAGCGAGGCAAGAUGAGGGUCCACAAGAUCAACAACGUCAACAAAGCUCUGGACUUCAUCGCCAGCAAGGGAGUCAAACUGGUGUCGAUCGGAGCAGAAGAAAUCGUGGACGGAAACAUCAAGAUGACUCUGGGCAUGAUCUGGACCAUCAUCCUCCGUUUCGCCAUCCAGGACAUCUCUGUGGAAGAGACUUCUGCCAAGGAGGGUCUUCUUCUGUGGUGCCAGAGGAAGACCGCCCCCUACAAGAAUGUCAACGUGCAGAAUUUCCACAUAAGCUGGAAGGACGGUCUCGCCUUCAACGCUCUGAUCCACAGACACAGACCCGAUCUCAUCGACUACGACAACCUCAGAAAGGAUGACCCUGUCACUAAUCUGAACAACGCCUUUGAGGUGGCUGAGAAGCACUUGGACAUCCCCAAGAUGUUGGAUGCAGAAGACAUAGUGAACACUGCUCGUCCAGAUGAGAAAGCCAUAAUGACUUAUGUGUCCAGUUUCUACCAUGCGUUCUCUGGAGCACAGAAGGCCGAAACCGCUGCAAACCGCAUCUGCAAAGUCCUGGCGGUCAACCAGGAGAACGAACAAAUGAUGGAGGACUACGAGAAAUUGGCGAGCAAUCUGCUGGAGUGGAUCCGCAGGACGAUUCCCUGGCUGGAAGACCGAACCCAACAGAAGACAGUGAAUGACAUGCAGGCGAAGCAGGAGGACUUCAGAGACUACCGCACAGUCCACAAACCGCCCAAGGUCCAGGAGAAGUGUCAGCUGGAGAUCAGCUUCAACACUCUGCAGACCAAACUGAGGCUCAGCAACAGACCCGCCUUCAUGCCGUCAGAGGGACGCAUGGUGUCCGACAUCAACGCUGCCUGGCACACUCUGGAGGGAGCGGAGAAAGGCUACGAGGAGUGGAUCCUGAGCGAGAUCAGGCGUCUGGAGAGACUGGAGCAUCUGGCUGAGAAGUUCCACCAGAAGGCUGCGAUCCACGAAUCCUGGACCAGCGGUAAAGAAGCUAUGCUGACCCAGAAAGACUACGAGACCUCCACCCUGUCAGAGGUGAAGGCGUUGCUACGGAAACACGAGGCCUUUGAGAGCGACCUGGCAGCCCAUCAGGACAGAGUGGAGCAGAUCGCAGCCAUCGCGCAGGAGCUGAACGAGCUGGACUACUACGACUCUGCCAGCGUCAACGACCGCUGCCAGAAGAUCUGCGAUCAGUGGGACACGCUCGGAGCGCUCACCCAUCGCCGCAAAGAUUCUCUGGAGAGGACUGAGAAGCAGCUGGAGUCGAUAGAUGAGCUGUACCUGGAGUACGCCAAGAGGGCGGCGCCAUUCAAUAACUGGAUGGAAGGAGCCAUGGAGGACCUGCAGGACAUGUUCAUCGUUCACAACAUCGAGGAAAUCCAGGGUCUGAUCGCAGCCCACGAACAAUUCAAGUCCACCCUGCCUGAAGCCAACAAGGAGCGCGAGGCCAUCCAGGCCAUCCAAGCCGAGGUGCAGAAGAUCGCCCAGAGCAACGGCAUCAAGCUGAGCGGCGCCAACCCCUACACCACCAUCACACCUGGCAGCAUCGACGACAAAUGGGAGCAGGCCAUGGCCAUGGUGCCACAGCGAGACAAAGCCCUGCAGGAGGAGCUGAACAAGCAGAACUCCAACGACACUCUGAGAGCCACGUUCGCCACGCAGGCCAACGCCGUGGGCGCCUACAUCCAGGCAAAGAUGGAGGAAAUUGGCAGGAUAUCCAUCGAGAUGAACGGCACUCUGGAGGACCAGCUGACCCACCUGAGGGAGUACCAGCAGAGCAUCCUGUCCUACAUGCCGGAGAUCAACAAGCUGGAGGGCGACCAUCAGCACAUCCAGGAGGCCCUGAUCUUUGACAACCAGUACACCUCCUACACCAUGGAGCACCUCCGGGUGGGCUGGGAGCAGCUGCUGACCACCAUCGCCAGAACCAUCAACGAGGUGGAGAACCAGAUUCUGACGCGUGACGCCAAGGGCAUCAGCCAGGAACAGCUGUACGAGUACCGCGCCUCCUUCAACCACUUCGACAAGAGCAUCAGUGGGGCUGAGAAAAGAUCCAGAUGUGACCACACCGGGUCCCUGAUAGCCGAGGAGUUCAAGGCCUGUUUGAUCAGUCUGGGCUACGAUGUGGAGAACGACAAGCAGGGCGACACAGAGUUUGCUCGCAUCAUGAGCAUCGUGGAUCCCAACAACAGCGGCGCCGUCACCUUCCAGGCCUUCAUCGACUUCAUGUCUUCAGAAACGACCGACAAGGACUCGGCAGACCAGGUCAUCGCCUCCUUCAAGAUCCUGGCUGGUGAUAAGAACUACAUCAUGCCCGACGAGCUGAGGAGGGAGCUCCCCCCCGACCAGGCGGAGUACUGCAUCGCCCGCAUGGCGCCCUACACGGGUCCCGACGGCGUCCCCGGAGCCCUCGACUACAUGUCCUUCUCCACCGCCCUGUAUGGCGAGAGCGACCUGUAGGGGAGGCGUGGAGAAGAGGAGGGGCCGGACAAACGGGGUGGGGGGGGCGCAGACGCCGGGCGUUGAUAGUCGUUGCUGAGGCGUUCCUGCGUGUGCCGCCACGUCCACGUGAACGGGCACACGCGGGGCGCAGCAGUGCGGGUCCUUAGCUUCACCCUCUCUGCCUUCAUGGGGGGUAAAACGGGGAGGGGGGGAAUGAUACUUUUGCUCAUUUUGUUAUAAGUUCUUUUCUUUUUGCCAGGUUUGGGGGGGUCAGAGCGUCAGGUGGGGGUGGGGUGUGUUAGAUCCUAGAGGGUUAUGCAUUGGGGGGGCAGCAAAGAUGACAUAUUUACCCAUAAUCCCCUCGUUGCUGGAGAUGACGACCUGUCUAACCUUAGCUCUUUCCCUCUUAUCUUUGUUUUUUUUUUUUACACAGUGGGGGGGCUCAGCGCUGUACAUACUUAUUUUUUCAGUGCGAGGAUCGGCAGUCCCAGAGGAACCGACGGCGAGCUUUCAUGCAGAGUGACGUUUAUGAAAAGGGAGAGUCGGCAGCAGUUUCUGCGGCGGAUGGGUUUGAGCUUCCAGACGUUCCGUUUCUUUCAGGAGGAGCUCUUGGGGGGGCAGGACGUAGCUGAGGUCGACCUGUAAUCAGAUUACUCGGCUUUGCUUCGGCGACGCCUCUAAAGGAAGUGUUUGGUCGGCGUUGAACCGAAUGAUCGUGGCGUGGAGCAGCUCUGGGGAUGAAGGGGUUAAACCGGCCUGUUCCUCCCUGCACCUCCUCCCUCCAUCGCUUCACCUCCUCCCAUCCCUCCAUCCCCUCCCAGUUUCUGAAGUGAAAUAAUCUACUGUCAGGAAGGGGGCGGGGCUUCAAUGGAGGUUUUUAUGUAAACAUUCCGGUCAAUAAGAAUAAAAUGUAUUAAAUUAAAACUAUGCAAUCACAGUGUGGCCAGCCUGAUUUCUGGGAAACACUCGGGAGAUCGAUCAGCUUCUCUGAGACGAUUCCCGCCCAAAUUCAAACCGUUUCAUUGUUUUCCGUUUUCUCCGUUUAUCACAUGGGGGGGCAGGCGGGGGGAGGGACAGGCCCAGGAGAACCAACUCGGACCAAAAGCUUCUUUGAUUCUUUUUACUGCGAGGUUUGAGAGAAAUGAACUCUGGAAUUGUGAUUUUUUUUUUUUUUUUGUACUCUUUAAUAUCAAACCUUAUCAGCUGUACUGGAAACUGCAACGCCUUCUGUCUUUAAUGAUAUCUGAGUUUCACAAAGCACACAUAAAGUUUCCUUACAAAACA